AUGGACGGGACCGCUGCUCUCGCCGGCCUCGACACCCCCCCGCAAAGUCAGAAACUGCAAGCCAAUGGCGCGCGUUUGAUUUUAGCCAAUCGCCGCCCGCGCUGCGCUUGGGAGUUAGCGGCGGCGCAAGGGUUGCUAGGCAGCGCGGGGCCUGACGCGGCCGCCCCCAAAGGAGGACCGCGGCUCCCAGCCGCUUACCGCAGCGGAGCCGGUGAGGGGCCUGAGGAGCGGCGGCUCCGUCCCGUUUUUCAAGUAUGUGGCAAAGAUAACAAAGGCUAUUUAAUCAGAGAGGACUUGAAAGGUAUUGUAGUAAUGUUUUUUGGUUAUGAACAUUUAAAGGUUUAUCCAAUUGAAUGGAAAGCUGUUCAUGCAAGUCUAUUAUUUGAAUUUUUUUUAAAUCUGUUGAGUGCAAAGAAGACUGCACAGUUACACAGUAAUGAAACAAGACAAAUAUUUACAGCUUUUGAUGUGCAAGAUAAGGCUUUUUUGACUUUCGAAGACUUCAACAGAGCUUUCAAUUCUAUUUCUCCAAAGUUACCUGAAAAAAUCAUAGUUGAAGCCUUCAGAGAAGUUGAUCGGGAUUCUGAUGAUUGCAUCAGCUUCAGAGAGUUUGAAUCUGCAGUGAAGUAUGGACAAAAUGUAGUAUCACCAGUGUACUUUGCCUAA